AUGUCUUCCCCACUCUUCCUGGGCUUUGACUUGUCCACUCAGCAGCUAAAGGCAAUCGUGAUCACGGAAGGUGUUUCCAUUGUGCACGAGAGCGCGGUGCAUUUCGAUCGAGACCUUCCCUCUCAUGGCACAACGAAUGGUGCGGUCAAAGGCCUAGAUGAAGGGGAGGUAACGAGCCCGGUGCUCAUGUGGCUCGAAGCCAUUGACCUCGUCAUGCAGCGCCAACACGGUUCGGUAUACUGGUCUGAGGAGGCCGAGAAAGCUCUUGCUGCGAUGGAUCCCAAGCGCUCAUUGGCUGAUCCGGGUCAUCUCGCCCCCCGUGCAUUUGCAUUGCCCAAUGCACCCAUCUGGCAGGACUCUUCGACGACCAAGGACUGCCGUAACCUUGAGGCUGCUGUCGGUGGUCCACAGGUGCUUGCAGAUCUUACAGGAAGCAGAGCCUAUGAGCGGUUCACAGGACCCCAAAUUGCCCGGAUUUGUCGCCUCAAACCCGCCGCUUACCGUGACUCUGCACGCAUCUCUCUUGUCUCGUCGUUCCUCCCCUCACUUUUCCUCGGGCAUAUCGCCCCGAUCGAGGUCUCUGACGCGAGCGGGAUGAACCUGAUGAACGUACUCACAUGUAAGUGGGACGAUGCACUCCUUGAGGCAUGCGGCGGUCCCGAACUACGCGCCAAAAUCGGCCCUGAGCCUGUCGUUGGUGGCACCAUUCUCGGACGCAUCUCCCAGUGGUGGGUUGAACGCUGGGGAUUCAACCCAGAUUGCAUAAUUGCACCAUUCACGGGUGAUAACUCUGCGACCGUCGUUGCCCUUUCAGCACCAGGUGAUGCACUCCUGUCCCUGGGCACGAGCACGACACUUCUGUUGAGCAUUCCCCCUGCCGACUCGCCUCCCGCCCGUUUCACUACUUCGCACCUCCUCUCGCAUCCUACAACUCUCGAUGCGCAGAUUGCAAUGCUUUGCUACAAGAACGGUGCUCUUGCGCGAGAGCAGAUCCGUGACCGCUGUGCUGGUGCAGACUGGGCACGGUACAACGAGCUCGUAGAGCAGUCGCCGCAGGGUAGCUCUGGGUUCAUGGGAUUCUACUUCCCCCUCCCCGAGAUCAUUCCUCCAGGGGUUCAAGGCGAAUUCAUAUUCCAGUGCAAAGAUAAUGAGGAACCACAGCUGGUGCAUGGACUGCAGCCAGAUGCCUCACAGCAUGCACGCGCGAUUCUCGAGAGCCAAUUCCUCAGCAUCAAAUCACGUAUUGCUGCCAUUCUUCCGGCGCACUCGCCUCCGCUGCAGCGGCUGAUUGUCACUGGUGGUUCAUCGGCAAACCAGACGAUCCGGCAACUUGCAGCUGACAUGUUUGGGAUGCGUGUCUAUGUUGCAGAGAGCAAAGAGGCUGCAGGGACGGGAGGUGCAGUGCUCGCGAAAUUUGCUUGGUGGAAGGCGCAUGUUGGAGGCGCGAAUGGAAGCUUUGAGGAGAUGACGAUGGAAACGGGUGAGGUGGAGAGGAUGAGGCUGGUUGCAACCCCGAAAGGCGAGGUGACCAAGGUUUAUGAUGGCCUUGUGGAUAACUAUAGGCGGUGCGAGGAGCGGGUGGUACACCUAUGUGGGUAAGCGUGAUGCACUUUUUGUAUCUGAAGCGGACAUAUUUUGCAAUUUGCAUCUACACAUCAUGUACAGACCAUAGAGCAUACUAUAUCUUCACUUUGUUAUGUAAAUAAUCUCAUUAGAAUGAAUACCUGUCUUCUUUUAUC